GCAUUAAUGUUAUGAAGCAUGCUUCAUGAUAGUGACACCUUUUGUCAUAUAAUUUUUCUAUGAUAAUAUUUUUAUCUAUAAAAAGAAAUAUUUAAAAAUGGGGGUAGAUCACGAGGACAUGCUACGCGCCGGAAAACCUGCUGAUUUUUCUUUCAGAAGACUUACGUAUAUAGAUGUCGCAAAAUUCUUAGAAACUGUUGGUCUCGAAGGAGCUAGGUUCACUAGAGUAGCGGGAGUUCCAGGAAAAGGAGAAAAAAAGAAAUUCUUAACUAGAUCGAUUUGGUUAAACAACAAUCAAUUAAGAAGUAUAACCAAUAUGGAUAUAUUAACCGAAGCAGUCUUGGAAUACCCUGAUCAGCUGGGUUGGAUCGAUUUCUCAUUUAACCGUAUUUCCGAAAUUGAUGAGUGUAUAACGAAAUUCAAGUAUUUAAAAAUUGUCUAUUUUCAUGGUAACUGCAUUUCUGAUUUGGACGAAGUGAAAAAAUUGAAACCGCUGAUCAAUUUGAGAAGUGUUACUUUUCAUGGGAAUCCCAUAUCUAAUCAUCCCCAAUACAGAAGUUUUGUAAUAGCUAUUUUACCACAGUUGGCAAACUUGGACUUUACUCCGAUCCUCGCAAACGAGAAGAAAUUCGUACAACCAUCUGAUUUAAUAAGGAAGAAAGAAAAAAAGAAUGCCAAAUAGUACCUUAGUAUAUGGUGUAUUGCAAAUAUUUUUGAAUAAAAUAGAUUUUUAAAAAUCUUUUACCAAAAAAUAA